CGUUAGCUGUGUGGUGUUUAUGUCUUGCUUUGCGGCGGCUUUUCCUUCAUAAAAACUCACAUUUUCUCCUGUUGUAAUGGAUUAUGGUUUCGUUGACUGUCACUGUCACAUAUCAGCCCCUGAGUUCCAGCAGGAUCUUCCAGAUGUGAUCCACAGAACCAGGCAGGCCGGGGUAAAGACUCUUGUGGCCGUCACAGAGGAAGUGGAGGAAUUCCCCAGAGUUCUCCAUCUGCAGGAAAGAUAUCCGGACCUGGUGGCUCCGUGUCUGGGGCUGCACCCCCUGCAGGCCGCCGGGGGUCAGCGCAGCGUCCGGCCUCAGGACCUGGAAGAAGCUCUGCCUCUUUUCUACAGCCACAGAGAACGACUGGUCGCCAUCGGAGAGAUCGGGUUGGAUUUCACGCCGUGGUGCGCUCCGACCCAGCAGGACAGAGACGACCAGAUGAAGGUCUUCAUCGGACAGCUGGACAUCGCCAUGGAGAUGGACCUACCUGUGAACGUCCACUCCCGCUCUGCAGCCAAAGUCACCAUAGACACCAUGAGACGGCGAGGGAUCAGCAGAGCUCUGCUGCAUAACUUCUCUGGGAAGCCGGCGGCAGCUCUGGAGGCAAUGGAGGCCGGAUUCUUCUUCUCUUUCCCUCCUGCUGUCUGCAGGAACCAGCAGAGAGACCGGCUGAUCCAGCGGAUCCCUCUGGAUCACAUCUGCCUGGAGACGGACUCUCCGGCCCUCGGCCUCCACAGGAACGAGAGGAACGAGCCGGCUAACAUCGCCCUGUCCUGCAGCUACAUCGCUAAGGUCAAAGGUCAGACGCCAGAAAUGGUCCGGGACGUCACGACUCAGAACGCCUACAGACUGUUCAGCAGAGCCAGCAGAUGAUCAGAAAAACCCUGAGGAACACCAGGCUGCUCAGCGUGGAUUUAAUUUCAGUUUUAAUACAUGUAGAAACAUCAUUUCCUUAUGCGCCAGUUGGACUUUA